AUGUUUGCUCAGGCGAUCUCGACACUAAGGCGUUCGAGGUCUACGCGCUACGUUGCGGCCGCAGUCUCAGCUAUCUUCGUUGUCUCCACCCUCUACUACGUCCAAGUACCACAUUCUGGCGAAUACUUGCCGCACUGGACGGAUUCUGUUCCGACGCAGGACCAAGCCCCCUCCAGUUCGGACUACCUCUGGGAUACCCGCGCUGCUCAGGUGAAGCAGGCCUUCCGCCAUGCGUAUAGUGGCUACAAGAGGUACGCCAACGGCUACGAUGAGCUCAGACCACUAUCGAAUACUGCGGUGAACAACUUCAAUGGCUGGAACGUAUCCAUGUACGACUCCCUCGACACCAUGAUCCUCAUGGGCCUCUGGGACGAGUUCGCCGAUGCACUUCCGGUAGUGCAGCAUGGGGAUUUCCGCGAAGGCCCGUGGACGCGUUCGCAAUACGCUCCUUUCUUCGAGACAGCUAUUCGUUAUCUCGGCGGCCUGCUUGCCGCAUAUGCCCUCUCCGGCGAGUCAAUAUUGCUGGACCGCGCAAGCGACCUCGCUACCCUCCUAGAACCCGCCUUCAACACGCCAGAGGGCCUGCCGAGGUUCGGCGUGAACACGAACACUACGGCAACCACGCCGGCUCUUAGCGGCAUAUUUGCGGAGGUCGCAUCCUGCCAACUGGAGUGGACAUAUGCCGCCCAUGCAACCGGAAACAAGACGCAUUAUGACAAAGCGAGUAAAGUCAUAAGCACUCUCGCAGAUGCAAUGGAGGACCGCCAGGGCGGGAUGUUCCCCACGCAUUGGCAUUUGAGCACCGGACGGCCGACAAGCGAGUCGCGCUCGGUGGGUGCCGCGGCGGAUAGCGGGCACGAAUACCUUCUCAAGCAGUACUUGCUCACGGGCAAGACUGACAUCGAGAACCUCGAGAUGUAUCUGCUCAGCAUGAACGAGGUUCUCACCCGUUUACUCUACAUCACGCCCGAGCGUGGACUCCUCUACGUCACGGAGACGAGCGGGAAGGGGUUCACGGCGUCGCACACCUUCGAGCACCUCGCGUGCUUCUUCCCCGGGCUCCUCGCACUGGGAGCACAUACGCUCGACCUUAACCUUUCCGACAUCGACCGCAAUAGACUAAACCCCGAGGCGCGGCGACAAUACGAUAUCCUCAUCAAGUACGACCUGAAGUCGCUCCAUAUGGCUGCAGCAGAGGGACUCGCGACAAGUUGCUGGCUGAUGUACGCGGACCAGCCCAGUGGACUCGGGCCCGAAGUGGUCGCGGACCGGCAGGGCAAGCUGUGGAUCGAAGCCGUCGAGGAGUGGCGCAAGGGCGGCAAGCACGGUCCCCUGCCAGGUCUGGGCGAGAAGAAGCCCAUCAUGUAUACCCGUCCGGAGAAGUCGACGAUCGCGGGGGGUCCCUGGGACUACGUGGUGAGACGCACGGAGUACUUCCUGCGACCCGAGACGAUCGAGUCGAUCUACAUCAUGUGGCGCACGACGGGGAACCCGGUGUGGCGGGAGCGCGGGUGGGCGAUCUUCGAGGCCAUCGAGCGCGAGACGAAGACGGCGUCGGGGUACGCGAGCCUGAAGAAGGUCACGCAGUCGCCCGGGCUGCAGAUGGAUGACCAGCCGAGUUACUUCCUUGCGGAGACGCUCAAGUACUUGUACCUGCUGUUCAAGAAUGAAGACCUCGUGCCCCUGGACAAGUGGGUCUUCAACACCGAGGCGCACCCACUGCCUAUUUUCACGUGGAGCGACUGGCAGAAGCACAAGUUCGGCAUCCCGCGCUGA